AUGGCUCUUAAGCUUGGAAAAUGCAGGCUUUGCCUCAAACUUGGGGAUUUCUACUCAAUCUUUGCCGUCGAUAAUAAUUUGCAACUCGCCGAAAUGGUCAUGGAAUGUGCACGGGUUAAAAUACAAGAAGGGGAUGGUCUUACAGAUAAAAUAUGUGGAGAGUGCGUACAAAAAUUGAGCAGUGCGCAUAUAUUUAAGCAACAAUGUGAAAGAUCGGACCAAGAAUUACGAAGAAAUUAUGUUCCACCGCCAGGUUUUAUUUCAUCAACACCACCGCCAAUUAACAGGCAGAGCAGUGACUCAGCUUUCUCUAAUCACACGGAUACUUCUAAACUAUCUUCAGCCGGCGAAAGUAAAGUUAAGCCGAUCAGUAGAAUUCGUAAAAGAAGUAGGGAUAGCAUCGAUAAUGCAUCCAGUAGCAGUAUCUCCCAUGAAUACCAUCCUGUUACUUCUAAGAGAGUUGAAGAACUACGAAAGUCUAAAAAAAUUAGAAAAAUUCAGGACAAUGAUGACUCUGAUUUCGAAGAUAACACUACCUCUUUCUUCUUUGGUGGAACAGACUCUGAUGAACCUCUUGAGUUUAAGUGUGACAUCUGUUCUAAAUCGUUUAAAACCUAUCUUAGCAUGAUUUCUCAUAAAAAAUGUCACAGUCGUAGGGAUAGGCAAUCGGCUAUGGCGGCAUCCUCAACUACGGCUGUGAAACCAACUCCUGAAAUUGUAACUCAGAUAGCUGAUGUCAAGGAUGAAGACAAAUCUAAGUGUGAGAUCUGUGGAAAAACAUUUAAAUUAAAAAUUAUGUUAAAGCGGCACUAUGAAGUUUGUGGUAAACUUAUUGAUAAAGAACUUAAGAUAUCGUUAGAACCAAUAGACGCGGCCCCCAAUGAAAGUAAACUUAAUUGCGAAACGUGUUUAGCUCCGUUUAAAACUAUAGACAAUUUAAGAAAACACAUGAGAGUUGUGCAUGCUGCAGUUCUUAAAAUGGAAGAACCUCAGUCAGUGGAGAAUAACAAAAUAGCCGUACCAUGCUUCUAUUGUCAAAAACCAUUUGAAGAUUUUUAUACCCAUUCUGCUCAUUUUAAAGUUUGUCCAAACAGAGAUGAUACUCUUACUUUUGUCUGUACGGUAUGUAAAGCCAAACAAAUCCCCAAUUCCAAAAGCAUACACGUGCCGCUUUUGCAAAAAAAUUUGCCAAAUCAGGAAUCCCUGAUAAAACACCUUGCUGCGCACAUGUCUCGUGUUGAAGAACCCGAUGAUGGUGGCGAUGAAGAGUCUAGGAGUACCUUGGAGGAUUCUGCUUCUUUACACUCAGAGUAUAAUAACUCUUCAAUAAUGACUGGUCCAUUCAAAUGUACAACGUGCGAUAAAGGCUUCAAGUAUAAAAAGGCUUUAGACACACACCAGAUAGUAAAACACUCAAAUGUAAGUGUUAAAGUUGAACCCCCAGAUAUAUCCUCAGAUCUGCUGAGUGAAACAUUGAACGAUCAUAAUGUUAAUCAAUCCGAUUCUGAGUCCAGCAAUGGUGAAGGCGAUGACAACACGUGUGACAUCUGUGAGAAACAGUUCUCCUACAAGCGCUUACUCAUUAAUCACAAGCGAACGAAACACAACAUGAGCUCGGGAACAAAGAGAGCAAAGGUCAGCUUAAAGCAAUGUCUAGUGCGCUGUUUAAUAUGUGACAUUGAGAUGAAAGUUGAAGCUAUAAACGACCAUAACGUGAAGCACAUAUCCACAGGUGUAAAACCUCGCAAUCUUUACACUUGCGUGGAUUGCCCGGACCAGCAGUUUAAAAGCUGCAGUGCCCUAGCUACUCACAUCAAAAUGGUGCAUAGAUUGAAUCAACCGGCAACUAAACCGAAAACAAACAUUCCUGUAGAUCCUCCGGAUAUGGCGGAUUUUUGUGAAGUCGUUGUGACAAAGGCGGAACCCCUGGACAGUGUCCAGAGUCACAACGACUUUGGGGAAGGCUCCGCCUAUGCGACUGUUGAUGGAUUUACAUGUCCCACCUGCAGCAAAGUAAUGCCGACACUCAUCUCCCUAAAGAGACAUAUGAACUGGCACACAAACGUCGGAAAUAAUAUUGAAAAGAAGUUGGAGUGUUUUGUAUGCCAAGAGACAUUUAGAUUCCAGUGCCAUUACAAAAUUCAUAUGAAAGAACAUUAUAACGACCCAAACCUUGAUCCUAAACACUUGACUUGCCCCAUUUGUAAUAGGAAAAGCAAGCAUCUUCGUGCUGCGCAAGCGCAUAUGAAUUACCAUAAACAGACUCGAUUUAAGACCAAAGACUAUGAGUGUUCCAUUUGUAAGAAAGUCUUUCAAACUAGAAGAGUCUACCUGACUCAUAUGGCUAUCCACUUCAAACGAGGGGAAUCGGCAAACAACACAGUAAUCGGAUCUGUAAUACCCACCACUGCUGAUAAGACUGCCUUCGAUGGAACCCAUACUUGCAAAAUAUGCAAUAAAGUAUGCGAAUCUGAAGCAUCGCUUAAAUGCCACAUGAGCUGGCAUAAUUCUAAAACUUUACUGUAUGGUGCACGUCACGAGUGCGAUAUAUGUCACUUACAAUUCACCAACAAAGUUCGGCUCAAAGUCCAUGAGCGCUCUCACUUCGAAGACGAAAAUGGUCCCUAUAAGUGUCAUAUUUGCGGAAAAGGUUUUAUUGCGGAAGAUUAUUUUCGAAGACAUAUUAAAGGACAUAAUUUCGACCAUCAGUCACACAAAAAACGAAUCGAAAAGCUCAGAAAGGGUAAAGUGAAGUGCCCAAUCUGCACCAGAUUCUAUCCGGAUGUGGUCAAACUGAUACGUCACUUGCGCCGAACUCAUCCCCAGAGCAAAAUGAUUAAAGAAGAUCCGGACGCUCCGCCUCAAAUGUACUACCCGUGCAAAUUAUGCGCCAAAGUGUUCCUUGACGAGCGCAGAUUGCAACACCACGAAGAGGCGCAUUUGCGUAAGCCCGAAUUUUUUAAGUGUAAAUUCUGCGGAAAGAAGACCAUUUCUCUGAAAAGCCAUAGAAUCCAUAUUAAAGGACAUUUGACUCAGAAAUACAUAGACGAGCCACUGAAGUGUCAGCAUUGUGAUAAAACGUUCUCUCGCGGUUACGAUCUUCAUUAUCACUUACGUGACUCACAUAACAUCGAAGAAACCUGGAUCGCUGAGAGAAAUAGUCAAAACCUUAAUGGACCUCUUAAAGAACUACAAUGCUCCAUCUGUUUUAAAGUUCUUGCCAGUAAAGGAAACUAUGAAAGACACAUCGACUACCAUAAUUCCCUUCGAUGCAACUACUGCUUCGAUUACUUUAGCACUCUAAGGUUUUUGGAGGGACACUUAGCGUUCAGCUGCGAGAAGAAAAAGCUAAUCGGCGAUACAGAGAUUUACCCAAGAAAGGUUAAAUGUGAAAUUUGUUAUAAGGCAUUCCAUAUACAAGUAAAGUUGGAUUGCCAUUUGCGAACUCAACAUGGAGUAAAAUCUUUCAAGGAGGCAACUGAAAGUAAGAAGGACCUCGUGUGUGACUAUUGCUUUAGAGUUUUCGAGAAUGAGUAUGCAUUGACUAACCAUAAACUUUACCAUAGAACUAUUGGGUAUUUUGGAUGCUUAUACUGUAACAGGAAGUUUAACACCUUGACGGUUUACAGAAAACAUAAAAAUCACCACUUCGCACAACUUAACGUAGAGAAUCCUACAAAGUGCGAGCACUGCGAUAAAACAUUUGUAGCUUUCAGAGAGUUCAUAUACCACAUGCGGGACGAGCACGGCGAUGAUAAGGAGUGGGUCGUAUACCCAAAGGAGUCAAUGGAAGAAAAGUGCAACAUUUGCAACAAAAUGUUUUUUAACUUGCAUCGGCAUCUUUCUUAUCACGAGGAAAAUAGAUGUAAAAAAUGUGGGGAGUACUUUUACUCGCGAACCGAUUUUGAUAAUCACAUUUGUCAUAUCGAUAGUGAAGAUGAGGUCGACGGCAACGUUGAGAAUGAUAUUCGACCAAAAUAUGAGGAAUGCAAAUUUUGUUUUAAACCGAUAACUCAGAAAACUAAAAAGAAACAUGAUCAAUUACAUAAAGGAUCCGGUUCAAUAUCGUGUAGGUUCUGUAUUCUUAAGUUCAAAACCAUUGACGCUUUCAACAUUCACGCGUUUUCUCAUCGAAGUCGAAAGUAUAAGAAACAUCCUAUACGAUGUCGUAUUUGUAAGGAGCAAUUUGUUCAAUAUGGUCCUUUCAUGCGCCACAUGAAGGCUGUACACAAAUCUACUAAGAAGAUGCAUUAUAGAACUACAGUUAAGCCUGAAAAAUGUGAAGUAUGUGGCGAUAAUUUCCCGAAUCUACACAACCACUAUCGAGCUCAUUUGUUAAAUCAGUGUCAGCUAUGUAGCAAAUACUUCACUUCUAGUAAAGUGUUUUCACAACACACGUGCGAUAAAGAAGAUAGUGAUCCUAUGAAAGUGUUUACAAGCGAUGCCAAUCUUCCGUUACUUAUUAAUACCUAUAUUCCAUUGGAUGAAAAAGAUGACGAAAAGUACUAUGGAUAUGGUGAAGACGAAGAUGAAGCAGAUGAUGAAAACGAAUUGCCCCAAAAUGAAGACAGUCAAAACUCAAUAGAUACGGCUGAAAGUUCACUGCACGAGAUGGUACAUGCGCCAAUCAUUUCUGAUGUGCUCUCCUUGUAUGAGAGAAAAGAGGUUAUUAAUGUCGAAGAGGUGGAAAAGAAAGAUGAUAUUUGUAUCGUUGAACUUACGGAUGAAGACUCAGUUGGUUAUCAAGAGAAUCCUUCUUCAGUUAUUACUAUUGAUGACGAUUGA